ACAGAGAGCGCAGGCCAGAACAGGGAAAGUCUGAGUCACAGCUCCAGCUCCUGGGGACUGCACGGCUGGCCGGUGGCUCGCGGCUUGGCCCGGUGCAGGGAGAGACACGGAGACCCAGCAGCACAGAGUCCCUGCAUACGGAGCUCACCGACAUGGUCCCUGGAUGCAUGCCAGCAACAGGAUCCCUGCACGGCACCUCCUGAGAGACGCCAGCCAGGCCCAGUGUGGACACUAGGGCCCGGGCAGCGCGUGGCAUGGAGCUCCCCGAGGUGGAGGACAACGCAGAGUUCCUGGAGCGGCUGAUGGAGGUGACCUCGCGCCGCCUGCCCCAGCUGGAGCUGCAGGAUCAAUACAACAUCAUCAAGGAGCUGGGCAGCGGCACCUACGGCAACGUGCUGCUGGCAGAGCACCGGGAGCGAGGCACGGCCCUGGCGUUGAAGCUGAUGCCGAAGGAGAGGACGGAGCGGCGGGAAUUCCUGCGGGAGUACUGCAUUGCGCUCUGCCUGUCUGCCCACGCCGGUUUCCUGCGCACUCUGCCCGUCGCCUUCGAGAGCCCCACCCAUUUUGCCUUUGCCCAGGAACUAGCGCCCGCUGGGGACCUGUGUGCCAUCGUGCAUGACGGGGAGGGUCUCCCAGAGGCCCAGGUGAAGCGCUGCGCAGCCCAGCUGGCCGAGGCCCUGGACUUCAUGCACGGCAAAGCCCUGGUGCACCGGGACAUCAAGCUGGACAACGUGCUGCUCUUCGACUGCGAGUGCCGGCGGGUGAAGCUGGGCGACUUCGGGCUGACGCGGCUGGAGGGCACGCCCGUCUGCGCCAUGUCGGGCACCCUGCCCUACGCGCCGCCCGAGCUCUGCCUGCUCGAGGCCUCGGAGACGCUGGAGCUGGACGCCAGCCUGGACGUGUGGGCCUUCGGGGUGCUGCUCUUCUGCCUCGGCACCGGCUGCUUCCCCUGGGACGUGGCUGCCAGCGCCGACCCCCAGUUUGAGGAGUUCGGCGCCUGGCAGAACAGCACGGUGCCAGGGGAGGCGCCGGCGCCCUGGAGGGCUUUCAGCGCCGCCGCCCAGGAGAUGUUCCGGCGGCUGCUGACCCUCGACCCCAACCGCCGCAGCCCAGCCAUCGAGGUGCACAAGUACCUGCCCCUGGUCUGGCUGGCAAGCCGCCGCCGGGAGCUGGAUGGUGCCGGGGGACUGGGGGGCCAGUGGCCCAGCCAGAGCCUGGCCAGAGAGCAGCACGGUCAGGAACAGCUCCCAGGCGCUGCCAGUGGCCCAGCCCCCCCCACCGAGGGCUCUGCCCAGGCUGGGGGGAGCAGGCCCCAGUCCAAAUUGGGAAAAGAGGUGGGGGGAGGGGAGGACGAAGCAGAGGGAGGAGGCACUGGCAGGAGCGGAGGGGGAGGGGAGCCAGCACCCCCUGCCUUAGCUUCCAUCCCCUGCCACCCCCCUGUCUCCUCGGCCCCCAUCCCGAUCAGUUCCUGCUGAGGAUCCCGAGACGAAGGGGCAGCCCGGGGCUCCCUGCUGGAGCUGCACUUGCCACAGCCAGAUAGGCCCGAGGGCUGGGCUCAAGGAGCCUGUUCCCCUCCGACAGCGCCAGCCCCUGCUGGGGGGGCAAAGGAGCCUGCCUGCAUCUACAGCAAGUCAUGGGCGAUGAGCCCGGCCAUGGGGGGCACGCUGAGGUCAAGGUGACCCAUUGGCCAGGGGCUCCCAGCGCAGGGCUGUGGCUAAGGGGGCGAGCGCACGGCUGGGCUGGAUCAGCAAGGGGUACCCAGCAUGGUCGGGGGGGCGGGGGACUGUUCCUGGGCCCUGGGCCCAGCUCGGGUGUCCUCACUGGGACAAGCGGGGAAGGGUCGGAGAAAAGCUACAAGAAGGAUUUGCAGGCUGGGAACCUACCGGGCAGGGAGAGGCUGAAGGAGCUCAGUGGAUUCAGCGUCUCUGCCCAGAGGAGGGUCAGACCAGCCGUGAUCCCAGCCUCUGGAUACCUGCCCAGGGAGGAGAUUUCAGAGAGCAGAGGGCUCUGUGCUCCCCCGGGGGCAAAGGCAGAGCCAGACCCACUGCUGAAGCCAGACUGAUGCAGGCUGGGAAUAAGGUGCAGAUUUUGGAUGAGGAGAACUAAUGCCUGGAGCAGCUUCCUGCAGGGUUGGGGGAUUCUCCUGACUCUGCUUUAUAAACUUUUCUCACAGAUCCACAGGAUCGGGGCUAUGGCUCUGUAACAGUCCCUGGGAGGAGCCCGUCAGUGUGCCAGACCCCUCUACUCUUUCUCCAGAAUAAGCCACAUGGCCUCACCGCCUCCUUAGGCUGGACCUCUGGGCCGUAAGCCCCCCUGCACCACCCCGUGAGCUCCUUUCAGGGAGUCCCACUGAGACAGACCCCUGAGGGAGACUUGUACGAUCGUAGAGAGCAACACACCCCUCCACCAGCAUGUGCAGGGACACACAGCCAGCGCGGUCACACGGGCGGGUUUAUCAGUCGACUGGCCCCCAAUGCAGGAAGCCCUUGGUGAGCACAGAUAAAUGACGGUUACAGCAGAGCCCAUUUUAGGUAGCCAGAGCUCAAAGCUCUGUCCCUGUGUCACUCACUCUGACCCCUCCCUCAGUAGAGCCCUGCACGGACACAAAUUUCUAUCUGUGGAUGCAUAUAUCCGCAGAUAGAAACCGGUAUCCACUGAACCACAGGGAUCCCCCGGGAACAAGCAAGAGGCCCCCAGUGCUUGGCCUGGGUUACCCCUGAAGGACACAUAGACCUUGCUUGUCAUAGAAGCUUCUAUU